CAAUAACAAGAGUAGGAGUUGUCACAUUCGUACUCCUUUACACUCAAUUUAACUUUAAACGCAAUUAUUUAAUUAGAUCUAGUCUAGAUCGAUUUAUUAGAUUUUAAAAUUAAUAAGUUUCAUGAUGAAAUGGAAGAGAUAGUAUAUCAUGGACCAUAUUCCAUAGUUAUCAAUUUUUUAUAAAAUUUAAAAAUGAGGUUUCGAUUUUUCUCCAAAUCUAAGGCUUUAAAGCUUCGUCGCUAUGCCAAGCAAGUUGUUAUACUGAUAUACUUCUCUCUUGUUGGUUUUGCCUUAUUUAACUACAGAAGCCACUGUAUAGAGACUAUGCCCAAUUCAUUAAUUGAAAUGUCCAAGUUAGAUCAUUCAGAUGAAGGCAGGUGCACUCUUGAUUUCGAGACACUGGGAGAUGCAGAUGUAAAUAUAUUUGGUGAACCCACAGAGGAGAGUAUUGUCGCAAUGAAUCCACAUGUAUUGAAAGGGGGCACGUGGAAACCAACAGAAUGUCGUUCUUGGCAGCGUGUGGCAAUAAUAAUUCCUUAUCGUGAUCGUCUACAUCAUUUGUUAAUUCUUCUACGUCGAUUACAUCCAAUGUUACAGACUCAAAAAAUUGACUAUAAAAUAUUUGUUAUAGAACAGGAUGGUACAGAUAAAUUUAACAGAGGGAAGUUAAUGAAUGUUGGUUACAUGGAGGCUUUGCGACUAGGAGAAUAUGAUUGCAUGGUAUUCCAAGAUGUCGAUUUGUUGCCUGAAGAUGAUCGCAACCUUUAUCUGUGUGAUGAGUAUGCCAGACAUUUGGCUGCAGCUAUUGAUGAAAUGAGAUAUCAUGUCAUGUAUUAUAACUAUGCUGGUGGAGUUAUAGCAAUGAACAAACACAAUUUUAGAAAAGUGAAUGGAUACUCUAAUUCAUACUGGGGCUGGGGCAAUGAAGACGAUGAUUUCUCUGCUAGAAUUCAAGAAUCUGGUUUGUUGUUAACCAGACCCCCUGCUCACAUAGGACGAUACAAAAUGGUGAGACACACUAAAGAAACACGUUCAGAGCAUGGAAAUGAAAUGUUCUUAGGCUGGAAAACAAGAUGGCCAAAAGAUGGAUUAAAUGAUGCUGUUGGUUUAAAUUAUACGCUGCGUGAUGUGUUUGAGGGGCCUCUUUAUACAAAGAUAUUGGUGGACAUAGGAAAGCCCCCCUCUUCUAUGGACGUUUAUAUGAGUGAUCAUUCCAAAGAUGUUUCUAUUUGGUGGUUUUUGAAAUAUUACUACCCAUAGUAAAGACUGAUGUGCAAGCAAUGUUCCUGUGAUACCACCUGUUUUUAACUAGAGAAUUUAAUCUACUUAGUUUUUUGCAAACUAAAAGAUUUCCCUGCUAGUCAUACCUGGUAUUUGUAACUUAAGAUUCCAUUUUCAGUGGACAUUUCACUGUGUUGUUUGUUUGUAUUUUUUGUUAUUGUAAAGUUUCUAAGUUGAUUUUGUAAAUGUGACCUUCCAUGACAAAAUCAGUGGCUUUGUAUCUUUUGCUAUUUUGAACUAGAGUUGAAAUUUUUUAAGAGGUAGUAAAAUGAUUUUGGUGCUGUUAUUACUAAUUACCUUAUUUAUUCAUAUUUUGGCCUAUGCACUAUUAUGGAGGAAGUUUUUAAAAGAAAUGUAUAUCCAACAUACUUUAUCUAGUAGAAAAAUAAUAUGCUUAGUAUAUAGAUGAUAGUAAUUCUGAAAUUUCUCAGAAUCACAUUUAGGAUAAACAAAUUCAUGGUGCAAUUCACCAUUGAAACUAGUGUUAGAUUGAUUUAAAACAGACUAAAACGGUGAACAUCAUCCAGAGGUACUUAGUUCCUAUCUGUUGUGGUGCUUCAAAGCAUGGGACAACCUAAAAUUUAGAGUCUGGAAGCUGAGAAAGCCAGAAUUAUGUCAUCACUGUGCAAACAUUCCUUAAGAUGCUUCUUUUUUCUCUGCCCCUGCCAAUUGCUUGAAGUUAAAAGAAAUCUAUGUAAAUGUUCAAUAGCUUGUUUAUAAUUUCAUUCUUAUUCUUACGCUCCAAAGAUCUAAUCUUAUCCUCAAACAUUCUGUAAAUAUUUUUUGUAGUGAUUUAUUUGCAAACUGUUUAGUUUUUUUUUCACUACCAGAAUGUUCACAUGUGUGCUUCCACAGUUCAUAUAGUUUAGUCUUGACUCCAGAUCUAUUUCUGUUUGACUUUUUACUCACUUUGUUGAUCUCUUAUAGUCUGGCUGGCCAGGUUUAAAGCUAAGUGUCAUCCACACAGAUAUCAGAAAAUAUGUAUUGGUACUUGUAGCUUUAUAAAAAUGAAGAAAAAAAGGGGAUUUCUUUCUGACUUGAGUAUAGGUUGUGAGUUUUUAUAAUAAACUGAUUUAUUCUACCAAUUACCUAAGGUUGGCUUAAGCAUAGGUAAAAUGAUGCUAUUGUGGAAGAAUAUUAACAAAAUUUGUUUAUAGUGUCUUACAAAACCUGUGCCAAGAUCAAUAUAUUAUUGUAGAAUGUCAUGAGACUUGUGUGAAUGAAAAACAGGUUUUAAGUUAUUUAUUUUACUUCUCAUUUGCUAAAAAAAUUUUGAACCAUUAGAAAAUGACUUAUUUCAUUUUGUAAAAAGUAUUUCUAUUUCCAUUAAAUUUAACAUACUGCAUUCAUUUUAACUAAUCCAUUGCUCAUUUACCCAGACUUUGUACUUAGCAUUUAUGAAAACAGGCAUUU